AUGGAAAUGAAGAAGAUUCAGGCUAAAUAUGAGGAAGAGUGCGAGAAAACAGCUUACUUAAAAAUGAUGUUGGCCAAUGCCAAGUCUAAUCCUCAGUUUCCUGGUGCAUCACGAAUGCUGCACCUGCAAGAUGCAGGUUCUAACCAAAUGUUACACCAGCUUCCAAGACAGCAAAAUGCUACUUAUCACUCUCUUGAUUCUAGUCCAUCUUCCCGUGGACAUGUUGCAGCCACUUUGCAGCAGAAUUCAUACGCUUCAUCUGGCUCUCAUACUAUGGCACUAUCACCAGCUUUACAGGCCGCUUACAAUACAUCGGAAAUUUUCAGGGAUUUUUCUGCAAGACAACCCAUCUUUUCAGCCUCAGGAAAUCUUCAAGCAGGUGGGGAGGCAUCACAUCUCCCACCUUAUGGACCCUCGGCGUUUAUACCAGCUUCAUGCGUCAGUCUGCAUGGUAUGCCAAGUCACCCUGCAACACCAUCUUGCAUCAACUCCAUUUCUUCAGCCUCAAGAAAUCUUCAACCUGGUGUGGAGAUACGUACUCCUGCACAGAAUCUAUAUGUAUCCUCAACAUUUAUUCCAUCUUCAUGUGUCAGUGCAGUUCCACACGGUAUUCCAAGUCACCCUACAAAACCAUCUUGUAUCGACUCCAACUCGUUACUCUCAGGAAAUCUUCAAGCUGGCGCGGAGAUAUGUAUCCCUGCACUGCAUAACCAGUCUUACAUAGUUGGAGUUCCAUAUGGUAUGCCAAGUCUCCCUGCAGUACCCAGUAAUUCUCCUGCAAGUUAUUUCUCAUCAUCAUUAUCUCAACGGCUUGCCAAACCAAUGCCGCCACCAACGGCUACCCCUAAGGUUGGUACUCAUGGGGUGCAUGGGCAAGAGAAUAUAGGGUUGUCCCCCCAUACUCAUACUCUAUCUUUCAAGGAUAUGCACAUGAAUCCUAAUAGGAGAUAGACAAUUGUGUUUAGGCCUGAAAUUUUCGGUACCAAAGUUGGUUAGCAGUAGCCCCUAGGCAAUAUUUAAUGUCAUGUCAUAUUGUUAUAUUAAUUUAUAUUAAA